AUGGAGCCACUGCUCCUGGCCCCCACACCAAGCUGGAACGCCUCCGAAGACAGUGACAACGGGACGCUGGUGGGGCCAGCGCCCUCAGCAGGUGCACGGGCUGUGCUGGUGCCCGUGCUGUACCUGCUGGUGUGUGCCGUGGGGCUGGGUGGCAACGCGCUGGUCAUCUACGUGGUGCUGCGCCAUGCCAAGAUGAAGACAGUCACCAACAUCUACAUCCUCAACCUGGCCGUGGCUGACGUCCUCCUCCUGCUGGGGCUGCCCUUCCUAGCCACACAGAACGCCAUCUCCUACUGGCCCUUCGGCGUCUUCCUGUGCCGCCUGGUCAUGACGCUGGACGGCAUCAACCAGUUCACCAGCAUCUUCUGCCUGACUGUCAUGAGUGUCGACCGCUACCUGGCCGUGGUCCACCCCCUCCGCUCCGCUCAGUGGCGCCGCCCACGGGUGGCCAAGCUGGCCAGCGCCGCGGUCUGGGCCUUCUCGCUGCUGAUGUCGCUGCCACUGCUGGUCUUUGCUGACGUGCAGGAGGGCUGGGACACCUGCAACCUCAGCUGGCCGGAGCCUGUGGGGCUGUGGGGGGCCGUCUUCAUCAGCUACACGUCCGUGCUGGGCUUCUUCGGGCCGCUGCUGGUCAUCUGCCUCUGCUACCUGCUCAUCGUGGUGAAGGUGAGGGCGUCGGGCGUGCGCGUGGGCUCCUCACGGCGGCGGCGCUCAGAGCGCAAGGCCACGCGCAUGGUGGUGGUGGUGGUGCUGGUGUUCGUGGGCUGCUGGCUGCCCUUCUUCAUUGUCAACAUCGUCAAUCUGGCUUUCACGCUGCCUGAGGAGCCUGCCUCUGCCGGCCUCUACUUCUUUGUCGUCAUCCUGUCCUACGCCAACAGCUGCGCCAACCCUGUCCUCUACGGCUUCCUCUCUGACAACUUCCGCCAGAGCUUCCGGAAAGUUCUGUGCCUCCGCAAAGGCGCCGGUGCUGAGGAUGCGGACACCACCGAGCCGAAGCUGGACAAGAGCAGGCGGCUGCAGGAGGCCACGGUGCCCAUUCGCAGCUCCGAGGCCAACGGGCUCAUGCAGACCAGCAGGCUGUGA